GUCUACGGGAUGUACCGCCUACGGUUGGGCGGCUCCGUCGCUCCACCCACUUCUCCUCCUCCCCCUCCGCGGCCUCAGAGAGGAAUGUGGGUGGCCCCCGUCCCCCCCCCUUCGGAAUGGGUCCGCCGCCGCGAAGCCGUCGCGCCCCGGGUGCGCACGGAGGGCGCGGGAGCGUCAUAGGUGAUGCCCCAAGGCGCUGCGAGAGAGGAAGCGUAGGAGGAAGCGUAGGAGGACCAGCCAGAGCUCCUCGCCGUCUCGGGCGCGCGCGGGCCCGCCGUCGCCCCAUGCGGGAGGGGCUCCUGGAGACCCGCGGCCCGGGCCGCGUCGGCCGCUGGGAGCGGCGCUGGUUCCGCGUCGCCGACGGCCGCCUCGAGCGGCGCGCCAGCAACGCCACGAGCGCAGGACCUGCAGGUCUCCUCCGCGGGGAAGGAGCUCCGCCUCGUGGUCGAAGGCGCGCUGGUGAGGCGAGCGCCUGGCUGGACGCCCUCGAGGCGGCCGCCCGCAGCCGCGGCCUGGCCGCCCGCGAGGCGGAGGGCCUGGACGAGCAGCAGGCGGAGGCGCCCUCGCCGCGGACGGCGAAGGCCCCGAGCCCAGCGCUGGCGGCGACGCCGGGCGACCAGGACUCCGACGAGCCCGAGGCGGAGGCACGCCUCGCGGGCUCCCCCGCCGGCGGCGAGCUCCAGUGCGUGCUCGGCACAGUCGUGCUGGUCACCAUGGUGGUGCUUGUCUCAACGCUGCGCUGGCCUGCGGUACUCGGCUCCCACAUGCUGAUCGCUGUGAUACUGCUUGACCUGCUUGCAUUGGUGGCGCGCGAGCCCGAGCUGUUCUUGCUCAAUGUAAUGGUCCAGGGGCGCAUAAAAGCUGUGGUAGCAUUCAUCUGUCUCGGCCCACAGUGCCUCUUCGUCAGCGAGCUGCCCCCAGUGGGCUGCGAAGGUAGCUGGAGCAGGAUGCUCGAGUAUAGCGGAUACGUUGUAUUGCAGGCCAGUGGCGAUGAGUAG